GACACGAGAUCGCUAUGGCACGGAACUUCGAUGUUUACGAUUGGAUCGUUUUCGUUGUGAUACUUCUGGUGUCUGUUGGAAUUGGUAUUUACCAUGCCCUGGCAGGCGGUAGACAGAGAACUACCGGAGAGUUCCUGAUGGGAAACAGGAAAAUGAGUCUGAUACCGACGGCCCUGUCCAUCCUUGUCUCGUUCCAGUCCGCCAUAUUGAUUUUAGGUGCCCCGGCUGAGAUGUACACCAAGGGGACCCAGUACUACUUGUAUACAUUUGGACAGAUGCUUGCGGUGUUGCUGGCAUCUGUUGUUUACGUUCCGCUGUUCUAUCCACUAAGGUUGACCAGUAUGUACGAGUACCUUGAACUCCGGUUUAACUCUCGAGCUGCGAAACUGACAGGAACUAUCAUCAACAUCAUCUCCACAUUAAUAUAUUCAGGACUUGCAUCAUUCGCACCUUCAACGGCCCUUCAAGCGAUGACUGGUUUCCCGGAGUGGGCGUCCUUCAUCAUCCUCGGUGUUGUGUGUACCCUGUACACUUUCCUGGGGGGACUCAAGGCUGUGAUAUGGGUGGACGCGUUCCAGUUUCUGAUCAUGAUGACCGGGAUACUAGCAAUCCUUAUCAAGGGGGUGCUGGAGGUUGGAGGGUUCGGUGAGGUGUGGAGACUGAAUAAGGAAUGGGACAGAGUUAACUUUUGGAAUUUUGACCCUGAUCCUACAGUUCGUCAUACCUUCUGGGGCCUCAUUGUGGGGUCGACGUUGAAUUGGGUAGGGUCGUACGGAGCAAGCCAGUCCAGCAUUCAACGCUACAGUGCUCUCAGAAGUCUUAAAGAGGCCAAAAUAGCCAUUCUUGUGAAUUGUUUUGGCGUGUUUAUUCUGUUGACGGGGGCGUGUCUGAUGGGUGUUUCUGCGUUCGCAUACUAUGCCCAGUUGGGAUGUGACCCAUUGACCAGUGGCAUGAUAAAGAACAAGAACCAACUCAUUCCCCACUUCGUCCUGGACAUUCUCAACAUACCAGGACUUCCCGGACUAUUUGUAGCCUCUUUGUUCAGUGGUUCCCUGAGUUCCUUGUCGUCCAAUCUGAGUUCACUAAGUGCAAUCACGUGGGAGGAUAUUCUCAAACCUCACUUUAAUCUUCGGUCAGAGAGAACGAAGGCGUGGAUUACACGCAGUAUUGUUUUUAUUUACGGAGCCGUAGGAAUUGGAGUCACUUUUAUAGUCAAAAAUCUUAAAGGAACAGUGUUACAGGCGUCGCUGAGUUUCAUGGGAGCAGCCUCUGGGUCCCUGAAUGGAAUUGUGAUCUUGGGUGCCUUUUUCCCUUGCUGUAACUGGAUUGGUGCUGUUGCUGGAAGUCUAGUUUCCUAUGCCGUUAUGUUAUGGAUCAACAUCGGGAAAUAUACUGUUAUUGGAUCCUCGGAAACACUCGAGUUUCCGACAUCAAAUUGUUCAUCUGAUACAGACAUUUCAUUGCUGAACUUAACAUCGUUAUAUUCCCUGCCAACACAUUCUCCUGGUACUAUACUUGACUAUUCAACCAUGGCAGAGAUACAACUAGCCUACAUGAAUUCAACAGCUGUAUCAGAAAUGAUAACCGAGAGUCCAUCCAUGGCAACGUCAGUUAACGCCCUAACCAAGCUAUACUCGCUGUCUUACCUGUGGUUUUCCACCUUUGGAACCCUCGUCUGUGUAAUCGUCGGACUCAUUGUCAGCUUGAUUACAGGGCCUACAAAAAGACAUGAGGUCCCACCAAAGUACCUGAUACCAGUCUUUGACAUUUUCUGUUGUUGUCUACCACAGAAAAUCAGAACAUUUCUUCAUUGUAACAUAGAUCACACACGUAUUCAUGAAAAUGAACAAAUCCACGAAGAACAGAUAAAUACGUCUGUAACUGACCCAAACGUUUAUCUAUCACGCGGCAGCAAAGAGGAUCAACCUACAGUACCGAUAGACAAAACAGGUGUCAAUCAUACUUUUCAAAAUGAUACUGGAGCCUAUCAACGAUACAAGAGUCCUGAUGACAUUGAUGAGGAUACGAAAAUGUGAUCAAAACCAACAUGGCCGUUCGACAUUUACUGCAGUACCUAUGUUACUUCUAUGCUGUCUGCAAUGAAGAAAUACAGAAUUUUUAAUUUCCAACCUGACUAUUGAGAGAAAGAAGCUUUUAACACGGGACUGAAAACGGUUAACAUACGUUUUUGUGGGCGAAUAUGUCAGUUCCGAGACACAACAGUUACAGUUUAAAAGUUUUUUUCCAGAGUUCUGCAUUCUUUAUUCCACUCGAAUAUGAUAUGAGAAAGUGACUCUAUUUCUUCAUAAAACGAUGUACAUUAUUUGUAAAGACCUGUCGCUCUAGUGUGUUUGCUUGUUUUGUUACAUAUUUUCCUGCGAAAGAACAUUUUACUUUUAUAGAUAUUAAGCUUUUUUUUGUAAUCAGACCAUGUUCCCAUAUAUGUUGUCAAGUUACAUUGCAACUCUAUUCCUCUCUCUUUUGAAAAGGUUUUCAAGAUUAACCGAAUUAUCCCAUGUAUAAACAUCUGGUUAUGUGUUUUGUGAUUGAUUAUAAGUAUUUUAUACUGUAUAUUAUGUUACUGUAGAAAAUUAGUUAUUGUACGAUGCAUCCCAAAGGGC